GUAAUGAGAGAUGAGUGUACUUGUCAACAGCCAGUAGUAGAACGGUUUGGUAGGUCUGGAAAUGCCAUUAUGGAGAACAUGGGUCGCUCAUCUCCUUCUGCUAAAAAGGUGAGGGAUCAGAUGGAUAAUGUCCAGCGACACUGGGACGAUCUUGUGGGUCGACUGGAAGACAGGGAGAAAAAUCUCGAUGCAGCCAGUGGUGUAACCAGGGACUUCCAGGAGAAUCUUAACCAUCUGCAGGAGUCAUUACAACACAUUAGUGAUGAGUAUGACCACUUAUCGUCCGAUGGAUCAGAUGCAGAUGGGCAGUUGAAAAAACUAGAGGACUUGGAAAAACAGUUAGAAGACCAGCGUCCUCUUCUGGCUGAUGCAGAGAGUGUUUGUGAACAGCUCUGUGAUCUUUUAAGUGACUCUGGUUCAAAGAAUGAGAUUAAAAACAAACUGAAUGCAGUAGAAAAACAGUACAACAAUCUGAACAAGAAAAUUGAAAACCGUAAGGCUGAACUUGAGUCAGCAAUGAAAGAAGAUCAGGAGUUCUACUUGUCGUGUGACUGCAUCCAGCACUGGUUAAAUGACAUGGAACAAACAUUGGGUCAGGGAUUCCCAAUUUCUGCUGACCAUGACACACUUACCAGACAGAUCACUGAGUUUGAGUGUAAAUCUUCCAGAAACACUCGUCUCCAGAGAUGUGUGGACACAAGCCUCAAGUUUCAUUCUUCGAUCAAGGUUUUCCUGCCUUGGUUAGAUCAGAGUGAAUUGAAGCUGCUUUCUCUGCCCCCAGUCAGUUUUCAUCGUGCCCAGCUAGACAAACAAAUCAAAGAGAUACAGGCAUUCAAAAAUGAUUUGUCACAACACAGCCAAGAAUUUGACAAUAUUAAGAACCUUGGACAAACCCUCAUUAGUAAGACUGACACUGACCAGAUCGACAUUCAAGAUGAACUUGAUCAACUUAAGAGACGCUGGGAAACACUUAAUAAGGACUCUUGUAAUACAGCAUAUACGUGUAUUAGAGGGUAUUUUUUUACUCCAGACUCUUGUAAUACAGGAUUGCUUGGCGAGGCCAGGGAUCUGGAGAAACAACUUGAUCAGGUGAAGGAUUCUGCAGAUCUACUUAUCACUAAUGCUUCUCCAAGCUCUGAUACUUCCCACAUUACUCAAGAGGUGGACAAUCUCGAUAAACGUCAUCAUCAACUCACACAGAAACUCCGGGAGCAGUGUGCCGAUCUGGAGCUGGCUUCAUCUGUGACCUCUGAUUUUAACGCAAAGUUGAAUGGAGUUCAUUACGACCUGAACGCUCUGGAGGAAGAACUUGAUAACAUGGCUCCCAUAGCAAGAGACAUAGAAACAGUGCAAACUCAACUGGAUGACAUAAAGGAUUUCAUGCGGCGAUUGGACAGAGUAGAGGAGGAUGUUAAAGACACGAGCCAGCAAGCUCAAGAUCUUAUCAGUCAACGUUACACAUCAGACCCAGGAAGUUAUGGAGAUCAUAUGGAUAAUAUGCGGCGACAACUUGGUCGAUUGGAGGAGAGAUCAAAGACCCGCAAUGUCAACCUGGAAUCAACCCUGUCUCGUUUAGAGAAGUUCUAUGGAGAUUACAAAGAGACCAUGAAGGACUUGGAAGAUGCAGUUCAGGAAGAAAAGAACUUCAAAAUUGUUAGUGGAGACGUGGAUCUGAUUCGUGCUCAGCAGGAGCAGUUUCAGGAAUUCCAUAAGAAUCGGGUAGCCCCACUUGGUGCCCAGGUCAAGGACAUUAACAAACUUGGCCAAGGACUUGUACAGUCAGCGUCAUCUGGUGUAAAUACUGCUGACCUCGAGCAGGACCUAGAGACAUUGAAUAACCAGUGGAAUAACUUGAAGGAAAGACUGAAUGAGAAAGAAAGACUUCUUGACUUAACCUUGCUUCAGUCUGGCAAAUUUCAUGAGGCAUUGGAAGGUGUACAGAAGUGGUUAGAAGACACCGAAGAAAUGGUUUCCAAUCAGAAACCUCCUUCUGCUGAUUAUAAGGUUGUAAAGGCUCAACUUCAAGAACAAAAUUUCCUGAGAAAGUUGCUAUUGGACCGACAGAACAGUAUGUCAUCCUUGUCUGAGAUGGGAGCAGAGGUCAUGCGUAACCUUGAAGACUCAGAACGUGCCCAAAUUGAGGAUCAACUGGAGGACCUGUCUCAGCGUUUUAACGAACUAACUGCAGGAGCUCGAGAGAGAACAGAUAUACUAGAACAAACACUCCCUGUUGCACGGGCUUUCCAAGAGAAGAUGACACCACUGGUCGAAUGGCUGGACCAAACAGAAAGGAAGUUAUCAGGGAUGGCUACGAUACCAACAGAUCAGGAAAGAAUCAGACGAAGAAUUGAGGAACACAGAGACUUGCAUGAAGACAUCCUGGACCAUAAGGAAUCAUUCGAAGACCUAACUGAAACAGUACAAACCCUUAUGGGUUUGGUGGGUGAUGACGAAGCUCAGACUGUAGUCGAAAAGUUUCAGGAUGUGACAGACAGAUAUGCCAAACUCGUGGAAGACAGUGAGAACAUUGGCCAACUCUUGGCUGAAGCAUACGAAGGUCUAGGAAACUUUGUUGUUACUUUUGAAGACCUUUUGGCAUGGAUGGAUGAGAUGGAAUCACGCUUGGGACGGUGUAGGGUGCUCAGUGUUUAUGUAGAUAAAUUACAGGAACAAAUGUAUGAAAUUGUGGAACUUAAUGAAGAAAUAGCUGACCAUCACACUCAAAUUGACAGUUUGAUUUCCUCGGCACAUGAAAUUAUGAAACAUGCCUCAGGUGAUGAAGCUUUACAGGUCAAAGAAAAGGUUGAUCCCCUGCACAGCAAGUUCACAGAGUUAGCUCAGCGUUGUAGUGAACGUCACCGUCAGGCACUGGAAGCACUACCAAUAACCCAGAACUUUCAUUCUAGCCAUGAAACUUUGGCAACAUGGAUGGAUGAGGCAGAGCGUGUGCUGAAGACUCUUGAUGUCAGCAGCUGGAGUCACAGGAGUCUAAGAUUCAGAGUCUUGCGUCUAGAAGCAGAAAUUCAGGAAUACCGAUCCCAUCUCGAAUCUGUAAACCACUUGGGUCCUAGGCUAUGCCAGAUAUCUCCAGGUGAAGGUGCUUAUGCUAUUGAGAGUAUUGUAACCAAAGACAACCGCCGAUUUGAUGCUGUCUGUGAACAAGUGCAACGCAAAGCCGAAAGGAUAGAGUUAUCAAAACAGAAGAAUGUUGAGGUGGUAGGAGACAUUGAUGAACUUCUAGAUUGGUUUCGGGAAGCCGAGCAACAGCUUCAGGAAGCUGAACCUAUUUAUCCAGACCCAGAUUCUCUUACAGCCAUGGUGAAAGAACAGAAGGUUUUAUUACAGUCAGUAAAUGAACAUAAACCUCUGGUGGACAAACUUAACAAAACUGGUCAUGCCUUACUGAGAUUGUGCGAGAAGAAUGAUGGUGUCAGAGUUAAAGAGUGUAUGGACUCCGAUAAUUCUCGCUAUACUGCUCUACGUAAUUCUUUAAAAGAUAAGCAGAAUGAGUUAGAAGAAGCCCUCCAAGCCACAUCUCAGUUUUCAGAUAAGUUAGAUGGGAUGUUGAAUGCUUUGUCUUCAACUGCUGACCAACUCAACAAUGCUGAACCCAUCUCGGCGCAUCCUGAUCGUAUUCAAGAUCAGAUUAAUGAUAAUGAUGGAGUCCUGCAUGAUCUGUCCAAACGAUCUCCUGCUCUUGAAGCUGUUAAACAAGCUGCUAAUGAUGUUAUUUCAAAGGCAGGAGGCGAUGAGCCUGCCGUCAAAGACAUCAGACAAAAGCUUGACAAGCUGAAUGAUUUGUGGGAUACCAUCCAAAAGUCAGCUAGAAAGCGUGGAAGAUCCUUAGAAGAUGCCAUGGCCUUAGCCGAGCGGUUCUGGGAUGAGUUGACAGCUGUAAUGAAAGCCUUGAAGGAGCUUCAGGAGUACUUAACAACUCAAGAGCCUCCAGCAGUGGAACCGAGUGCCAUCCAACAGCAACAGGAGGUUCUACAGGAGAUAAAGCAGGAGAUGGAACAGACCAAGCCUGAGGUGGACCAGUGUCGGCAAGUUGGGCAGGACCUCAUGCAGCUAUGUGGAGAACCUGAUAAGCCUGAAGUCAAGAAACACAUUGAAGACCUAGACUCGGCAUGGGACAAUGUAACCACACUGUAUGCCAAGAGGGAACAAAACCUGGUGGAUGCCAUGGAAAAGGCCAUGAAUUUCCACGAUACACUUAAGAACUUCUUGGAGUUCCUGGAUACUGCAGAGGACAAGUUUGCUAAUCUUGGCCCCAUUGGUUCUGAUAUUGAGUCUGUCAAGGGACAGAUGCAUCAGCUCAAGGAUUUCAAGAAUGGUGUUGAUCCUCACAUGGUCGAGAUAGAAGCUCUGAACCGGCAAGCUCAGGAGCUCAUAGAACGAACAUCCCCAUCACAGGUUUCCAUGAUCAGAGAACCCAUGGAUGAAAUUAACCAUCGUUGGGAUGAGUUGCUAAAGGGAAUAGUUGAUCGCCAGCAAGAACUGGAGCAUGCUCUCCUAAGACUUGGCCAGUUCCAGCAUGCACUUGAUGAACUUCUUGUGUGGAUAUCUAGAACUGAGAAUACUUUGGAUGACCUACAUCCUGUCUUUGGUGACUCCCAAGUAAUAGAAGUAGAGUUGGCAAAACAUAAGGUGUUGAUGAAUGACAUCCAAGCCCACCAGACUAGUGUGGACACACUAAAUAGAGCGGGUCGACAACUUAUUGAUGCAGAUCGUGGCAGUGAAGAUGCCAAUAUAACUCAGAAGAAAUUAAAUGAUCUGAACAGUAGAUGGCAGCAGCUGCAAGACAAGGCAGCUGAUCGACAACGAGAGCUAGAAGAAGCCCUUAAAGAGGCUCAAGCCUUCUACCAGGAAAUACAGGAUCUUCUCAUGUGGCUGAGUGACACUGACAGUCAACUUGCUACUUCAAAACCGGUAGGAGGGCUCCCAGAAACAGCCCGAGAACAGCUUAACAGAUUUAUGGAACUAUACAAUGACCUAGACAACAGUCGUUACAAGAUCGAAACAGUGUUGCAGCAAGGUCAGAACUACCUUGAGCGAUCUAAUGAUGGAUCUGCAACAAAUCUCCAACACAACUUACGAACUCUCAAGCAGCGGUGGGAUAAUGUGCUCAACAGAGCCAAUGACAGGAAGAUUAAGCUAGAGAUAGCCCUGCGUGAGGCCACUGAGUUUCAUGAAGCACUACAGGAGUUUGUGGAGUGGUUAGGCAACUCUGAGAAGUACUUAUCCAGUGUUGAUCCUGUUAGCCGAGUGAUGAAUAUAAUCACAGAACAGAUGGAGGAGCACAAGACAUUUCAGAAGGAUAUUAGUUCUCACCGAGAGGUGAUGCUUAAUUUGGACAAGAAAGGAACGCACCUUAAAUAUUUUAGUCAGAAGCAAGAUGUCAUACUAAUAAAAAAUCUCCUGAUCAGUGUGCAGCAUCGUUGGGAAAGACUUGUGGCUAAGAGUGCAGAAAGAACCCGAACCUUGGACCAUGGCUAUAAAGAAGCUAAAGAGUUUCACGAUGCCUGGAAAGGUUUACUGCACUGGUUAGAAGAUGCUGAUAAAACAUUAGACAGCCUGACCCAUAUUGGUAAAGAUCCUGAGAAAAUAAAGCAGCUGCUCAGUAAACACAAGGAGUUUCAGAGGGCUCUGGGAGCUAAACAACCUACUUAUGACUCUACCAUGAAGCUGGGCCGUACUCUCAAGGACAAAUGUCCCAAGUCGGACGUGGAAACUUUGCAAGAUAUGUUGGAGGAGCUGAAAAAUAAAUGGAACUCUGUCUGUAAUAAGUCUGUGGACAGACAGCGAAUGCUAGAGGAAGCCUUAUUGUUUUCUGGACAGUUCAAAGACGCUAUACAGGCUUUGAUUGAGUGGUUGGACAAAGCUAAAGACACUUUGGCUACUGACCAGCCUGUUCAUGGUGAUUUGGACACAGUGACAUCAUUGGUAGACCAGCAUAAGGAUUUAGAUGAUUUCUUGGUUUUCUCUCUUUCCCAGGCUGAAGAGCUACACAAGGCUGUUCACAUGCUGCUCGAGUGGCUGUCUGAUGCCGAGAUGAAACUAAGAUUUGCGGGGCCUCUUCCAGAUGAUGAGGAAACCACACGGCAACAGUUAGAAGAACACAGAAGAUUUAUGAGUGAAAUGAUUGAACAGGAGGUGAACAAGGAUGAUACCAUAAGGCUUGCUCAAGAGAUUCUCCAAAAGUGUCACCCGGAUGGAAUUUCUGUCAUCCGUCACUGGAUCACUAUUAUCCAGUCUCGCUGGGAAGAGGUGUCACUGUGGGCUAAGCAGAGAGAGCAGAAGCUUCAGGAUCACUUACGGUCAUUAAAGGACAUCAUUGAUCUCCUAGAAGAACUUAUGGCAUGGUUGAUUGGAGCAGAGUCUAGUCUAACUGCAGCAGAAGCAGAACCACUUCCGGAUGAGAUUCCUCCUCUCGAACAACUGAUCAAAGAACAUGAGGUAUUUAUUGAUGAAAUGACCCAACGUCAACCAGAUAUUGAUCGGGUUACUAAAGCUUUCAAGACAAAACAUCAACCUACUCAAUCAGCUCAGAAAGAAAAAGGAGGAAAACACGAUGACCGUCGUUCAAGUCGUAAUAGUUCUGCUGGACCCACACAUAAAAUAUCCACACUGUCGAAAUCUCAUUCUGUUGGAGACCCUGAAAUUAAGAAUCCUCGAGCCCGAGAACUCUCAGAGAAAUGGAAGGAUGUUUGGUUGUUGGCUAUGGAACGUCAGCGUCGCCUGCAAGACAAGCUAAACUAUCUUACAGAAGUGAGUUAUUAUUUUGGUUUUUGUUG